AUGAAAUACCAAAUGUCUAUUAACAACCUGGCUACUCUGGAGACCAUGGUCCCCCUUGCCAUUUUCAUGGCCCUGUUUUGGACCAUCGUCAUGGAAGUGACACAAAGUUGGAUCAUACAGAAGCUGCCAAAAACAAAGUGGUGGUCCAGAGCUGCUCUUCCAGCCUCACAGAUGAUGGUAAACUUUGGAUUCCCAAAAAAUGUUACAGAGUUGCAAGUAAAGGAGUUCUUUGCUUUCUUGACCACAAUCUGCGUGAACCACAUCUUGUCUGCCAUCCCAAUGCUGCCAGUGGUAUAUUAUGGUUGGGGAAAUGUCUCUGAAACAUGGAAAUGCCUGUUCCUACUUGGAUCAAUAUCUGAUGUGGGUCUUGAUAUCUAUGAUACUAUCAAAAGCACCAAAAGAACCUUUUCCAAGAAUGAUCCAUCACCACUCCCAGUUGGCUUCUGGCUCAUUGUUGCUGUGAUGCAUCACUCAUUGGCUCUCGCCCUUACCAUUCCCAUGAACCUCAGAUACAUUCAUCUUGCACAGUAUCAUGAAACUAUUGUCUCUCUCUUGUUUGCUGGAGGUUUUUGCUAUGCCUCUGGAAACUACAAGUUCACCUUGGAUGUAUCCAAAACAUGGGAUAUGAUCCAGUACAAAGUGAUUGUGGUUGCCCAGCUAUUGAUCAUUUUGUACACCAGGGUGUAUCUUUGGUUCCCAACUUGUGUUUCCAUGUUUGUGUACUUCAAAAGCGAGGGAGAUUUCUUGUUUGCAUAUGGAGGUGCCUUUGUUGCCUUCAUCUUUUCACUCUUCAAUGUUGUCAUGGUAGUGGAUGCUAUCAAGGCUGCUGUGAAGUGGUUGCCCAAGAAACUGCCAAGCAGCCACAGCACAAAGAAAUAUGAAGCGCCCACUGCUGUUGAACAUGAAUGCAAAAUGGAAAGGAAGCGAAGGACUGCUACGGGUGCACAAAUGUUCAGGAACUCUCUCACAAAGAGAGAUGCAACUCGGAUGGUUAACUAG